AUGACGGAUUGCGAGAAGUAUUUGGGCUUGCCGAUGUUAGGGGGUAGAGCUAAGACAACCACGUUUAGAGAGAUCCAAGAGCGAGUUGCUAAGAGAGUGUUAGGAUGGAAGGAGAAAUUCAUCUCCAAGGCUGGCCGAGAAAUACUUAUAAAGACAGUUGCACAGUCCAUACCGACUUACUCCAUGAGCUUAUUCAAGCUUCCAAAAGCAAUGUGUGACGCUAUCAACUCGACCUUGGCCAAUUAUUGGUGGGGACAGAAAUAUGAUGAGAGAAAGAUCCAUUGGGUGAGCUGGCAGAAGUUGUGUACGGACAAGAAUAGAGGAGGUAUGGGUUUUCGGAACAUCGACGCUUUUAAUCUUGCAAUGUUGGCCAAGCAAGCAUGGCGUCUGCUUCAGGGCACUCAGUCUUUGUUUUAUCGAGUGUACAAAGCACGUUAUUUCCCUAACUGCACAUUCUUGGAGGCCCAGCUGGGACACAAUCCUUCUUUCGUAUGGUGGAGUCUUCUAACUGCUCAGGAGGUGAUCAUUGCGGGAUCAAGAUGGAAAAUUGGAGACGGAAAGCAUAUUGGUGUCACUACGCACAAAUGGCUGUCCCAUGACCCUAUUUUCAACGGUGAACCCGCUCCUAAGUUGAAAGUUAGUGAUUUGAUAGAUGAGGACACAAGACAGUGGGACAGAGGCAAGAUUCACGCAUUGUUCACGGCUAGAACCCGGACUGAGAUUCUAGCUCUCCCCCUCAACAAUCUCCAAGCUCGGGACUCCCUCAUUUGGAUGGAGAAUAAGGCAAGGACCUUCUCAGUAAAGACCGCCUACCAUGUUGCACUUCGACUAAAGCAAUAG